AUCAGCGUGCGGCAGAGUUCUUGGCGCGUUGUUGUGAACGGAGGCUGGAUCAAACUCGGCUUCCUGAGAUGUUUAAUCACUGAGAUAGGUUUUCAUUUACCAACGCUGGAUCGCGCUUCUAAAUGAAUCUUCUUAUUGUUUAAAAACACGCGGGGGUUUUCAGAACAUGCCAGUUGCUGUUUAUGUUUUGUCUUUUGAUUGAUUUGUCACUGUUGUCUGUCCGGCUAGCAGACUAGCUAGCGGUUGCUGCAUAACAGCACAAUGAGUACUUCUAAAGAGAUCAAGCAGCUACAGAAAGCCAAAAGCAAAGCCCAGAUCACCAGUAAUCUGAAGGAGGAGGCCAAUCUGUGCAAUCACCUCGGAGAACUUUUAGCCAAGAAUGGUGAUUACCAGGCGGCCAUAGAGGAGCAUCGGCAGGAACUCGCGCUGUGUGAGGUUCUGCAUGACGUCAUCGGCUGUGCUGUAGCCAAUCGGAAGAUAGGAGAAUGCUAUGCAGAACUUGGAAACAUUGAAGCUGCUCUCAAGCAUCAGAGACGGCAUUUGGACCUUGCUCGCUCUGUAAAUGAUGCGGCUGAGGAGCAGAGAGCUUUGGCCACCAUUGGUCGCACUUACCUCUUCCUUCAUGACUCCGACCAGUCACGGGACAGCCUGAAGCAGGCAGAGGAUGCUUUCAAGAAGAGCCUGGCUAUACUGGAUGGCCGUCUAGAAGGGACCGUGUCUGCACGGGAGCUGAGUGAAAUGAGAGCACGCCUGCUGUUGAACCUGGGCUUUGUGUUUGACGGCCUGAAAGAACCACAACGCUGCAGCGAUUUCAUCCGCCAGAGCAUCUACAUCUCAGAGAAGAACAAUCUGCUGGAGGAUCUCUACCGUGCCAACUUCAAUCUGGGCAGCAUUCAUUUCAGAAAUGGACAGCACUCUCUUGCAAUGCGCUGCUUUGAGAAGAGCAAGGAGUGUGCACGCAAGAUGAGUGACAAGUUUAGCGAGAGUGAGUGCUUCUACACCGUUGGCAAGGUUCUUCUGAAUCUGGGAGACCUGCUGGCAGCCCGGUGCUCUCUGAAGAAGGCCUUCCUCCUCGGUUCCCAGCAACCUACAGAACGAGAGGCAGUCAAGAGAGACCUGAGAUAUGCAAUCCGUGGCUGUCAGCUGGAGGAAGCUAUGGCAGCUGUCAAUAACCCCAUCUCUCAGGAGGCUUUGGGACUUGCAGAGGAACUGGGAGAUCUCUACUGCAAAGUGGGCUGCUAUUCCAAAGCUCUGGAAGCUUAUCGCACACAGCUGUCAUGUGCUGAAGAGUUGGGGAAGCCUGCUCGAGAGCUGGCUGUUAUCCAUGUCUCUCUGGCGGCCACUUAUUCUGACCUGCGUCAGCACAACAAAGCUUUAGAGCACUACAGACACGAGCUGAAGCUGAGGGAAGGCAAUCCCAAAGAGGAGUGUGAAACGUGGCUGAACGUAGCGAGCUCUCAGGAGGAGUAUGGCAUGAGCAUGGAGGAGGUGGACCAAAGUUACACUGCUGCUCUGAAUUGUGCUGAGAGAGCAGCUCAAAGCAAACUCCAGAGACGUGUUCUGAGGGUGUGGUUGCAGGCGCAAAAGCGUGCUAGCUCAGCAGGCGCUGAUGCCACAGAAGCCCGUCUCCAGGAGCUGUGUGAGGCAGAGGGCUGCCGGUUGGAGGACAGUGAUGAUGAAGAGGAGGAAGAGGAGCUGCAGAAUAGUGAACCUCUGGACAGUGACAUCCAGCUCUCAGAUUCUGAUGAUGAUCUGGAGGGUUACAAUAAGCUUGUGACUGGCAGGAGGAAAACUGGCAGGUGGAACCGCCGGAAUGAGAAGGGUGAAACGGCACUGCAUCGAGCCUGCAUUGAGGGCAACAUGAAGCAGGUCCAGUACCUAGUGGAGCAGGGCCAUCCACUAAAUCCUCGAGAUCACUGUGGCUGGACUCCACUGCAUGAAGCUUGCAACCAUGGCCAUCUAGGGAUUGUGUCCUUGCUGGUGGACAAAGGGGCGAAUGUAAAUGAUCCUGGUGGUGCUUACUGUGAAGGGGUAACGCCCCUGCAUGAUGCCCUGAGUUGUGGGCACUUUGAGGUAGCACGGCUGCUGGUGCAGAGUGGGGCUUCAGUAAAUGUCCGCAAUAACAAGGGUGACAAACCUAUGGACACCUUGCGACAUUGGCUAAAGACGUAUGGUCGUGAACUGGACCAGGAAACACUGCGGGAUUGUUCAGAAACCGAGAAACUCCUGAAGAGGGCGCUGGCUGGAGCAGCAUCUGCACCUGUGACUCCACAGCCUCUGCAGGACAGUCAGCUGUUUGACGCUGAGUGCUCAGAAACACUGUUACAGCAGAGUGACCCCCUCCCCAUAUCCCAGCAUGCCUUGCUCAAUGCACAUACUCCUCCAGAGGCCAGUACUCCUCCCAGAGCAAGGCGAUCCACUGGCCCCCGCCACCGACCCAGGGGGACUGAGGAGAAUGUUCUGUUUGGGAAUGAGAGCAGCUCCUCUGAGCACUCGGACUCUGACAUCAGCCCACUGCGCCCCGUGCGGCCAAGACUUCGCUUUCCAGACGUCUCUCGAUCCCCACAAGAAGUAUGUGACACUCAGGAUAUCCCUGCUCCACCUGGAGGUAGAGAGACAGAGUUGUCCUCACAGCCUCGCUCUGGCAGAGAGGAAUACCAUAGGGCCAUUCAAAACCUGGGCAGUGCAAAGUCCCGUCUUCUCUCUCAGAGCCUGUCAGAACCAGCCUUCAGCAGCACACCAGCAGUGUCAACCAAUCAUGUGUCAGCUUUAGUCCCCGAGGAGCAUUACAUGCAAGACGACUGGCUGGAAGAUGACUUGGGGUGCGCUCAGCCAAAAAAGAAACGGAGGGUUGUCUCAGAAUGGGACAGUGUGGCAUCUAGAAAUCAGAAUCGUGCAUCUGGAUCAUUUGAGUCGUCUCCUAGAGGUCAGUCAUCCUCCGGCAGGAGUCUGUCUCUGAAAAAGAAUAACAAGGCUCGACAAGUGAAGAUGAGCCAACUGCCUGGUAUGGUGAUGCUGGGCAGAAGAGAGGUCACCAGGUCACCCAGUCCCAUCAUUACCCCUGUUGAUGACCCCCCUCAGCAGUACAGCACACAGGCAAUGCCACAGGCUGUUCCUCACAGCUCAGCAGCUCCUAUGCCUACACCAAUCAGGAUGAGGGUCAGAGUUCAGAACAACGUCUUCCUGAUUCCUGUUCCACACAGUGAGGCUGACUCCUGCACCGUGUCAUGGCUGUGUGAGCAGGCCGCGCAACGUUACUAUCAGACCUGUGGGCUUCUGCCACGUCUCUCUCUGCAGAAAGAGGGUGCUCUGCUCUCACCCACUGACCUGCUGCUGGCUGUUCUGCACACCAAUGAAGAGGUUCUGGCAGAGGUCUGUUCCUGGGAUCUCCCUCCUCUUCCUGAGCGAUAUAAGAAAGCUUGUAAGAGCUUAGACGUGGAAGAGAAUAGGAGAGUGUUGCGUCUAUGUGAGGUGCAGGACGGCUCUCCUUACGUGUGUGUUUGUGGUCUUAGUCUGGCUCCUGCAAGUCUGUCUCCCCUCCUGCGUGCCCUCAAACUCCAGAGCAGCCUCACAGAGCUCAGCCUUUCCGGCAACCGUCUUAAUGAUGACCUCCUCCCUGAGCUCAUCUCUGCAGCAACCACCAUGCCCCACCUUCGUCUUCUUGAUAUCUCAGCCAAUCAGAUCACAGGAGAAGGCAUAAAGAAGGCAGCUAGUGCACUGGAGGGAAGGACUCAACAUGCCUUUCCGUGUCUGGAGGAGCUGAAUGUGAGUAUGAAUCCUCUUGGAGAUGGCUGGUCUCAGGCUCUGGCCUGUUUAUUGUCCGCCUGUCCCCUCCUGGCUACUCUGUCUCUGCAGGCCUGUGGCCUAACUGCCCGCUUCCUUCAGCAACACCGGCUCCUGCUGGCCAGUGCCCUCACAGGUACGGGUCACUUACGGUCAGUGUGUCUGUCCCAGAAUGCAUUGGGAUCCACAGGAUUUGAGUUGGUUUUAAAGACGUUGCCACUACACCACCUCACACACUUGGAGCUUAAUGCUGUAUGUAAAGGUCCCUCAGAUCAGCCUGCUCUGGACCUCCUAACCAAACUUCUAACACAGGGUGACUGCUCACUUGCACAUCUGGGCCUAGCUGCAAAUGGCCUGACUGAUCAAAGUGUCAGAUCUUUCACAAGGUGUCUUGCUCUUUGUCCAUCCCUUGUGUCUCUGGACCUGUCAGCUAAUCCCUCUGUGACUUCAGCUGGACUUCAGAGCCUCCUCAGUGCUCUUGGCGAAGCACGACAACCGUUGACUUAUCUUAACCUUCAAGUGCAUGGAUCUCUGUCAGGUUGCCAGGUGUGUGGGCCAUGGGACGCGGUGGGUUUGGACAGCCUGGCCGAGCGCAUUCAGGAUCUGCGGCUGUGCUCUCAAAGGCUUAACAAGCUGGAUCAGGAGAUACUGCGGCGGAGCUGGCCAGGCCGUAUCCUGUCCCGUAACUCAAAGUGCCUGCUUAGUGUUGCUCCUGUUCCACACUAACUAGCACUGCAGCAUUGGUACAGUCAUGCUGUGCUGGAGAACUGAACUGAGCCAACACCAAUGCUGGUGUUUUCCUGUGUCUGAUGCACUCUUUUUUUUUUUUUUUUCCCCCCCUCACUUCAUGUUUGAUCACUUAUUUUACUCCACAAAUAUAUUUGUGUAAGAUGUAUUUAAAUCUGGUGAUUUGGUGUUCAGUGUCAGUCAGAAUGUACAUGUGUGUUGCAGAAGCAGUAACGGUGUUUGUGCCCAUCCACUGUUUAUGAGAAGCAGCCUCUGUUCCUAAAGCAGCCCUGUCUAUAAGCAAUAUUUCAGCAUGAAAAAAUAGACAGUGAGUUGACAGAAGAGCUCAGCAGAGCUGCACAUGAUGCAGAGUGAUAUUCAUUUUUGCAUUUAUAUUAAUAAUGAUGAGGAUCCUGUAUAGGAAAUGUACUAAUAAAUAUGAAACUAUA